UCAGUAUUCAGCCAAUCUUUUCCUGGCCACUACUAAAAAGGUUAGGAAUUCACUCUUGAAAAUCAGCCUCUAUCCCAUCUUCUUGUCAGCCAACCAUCUCAGCACCACCUUAUCCAUUACUCCAAUUUCUCCCAUACAAACUGCACCUAUUCAAUCUCCCAUCAUCCCUUCUUAUUCCAUCUACAACUUAGAUCAACAAAUCCAUCUCAAAGGACAGGUUGCGAGUCUUUAAGCAAUGGCGACGGCUGCAGCAACAAUAUCUCCAGUGACGGCUGUUCUGGGCCACAGCAGAUCAUCCCAGAGGAGAACAAGAGUCAAGUACAUCAGUGGAUUGAAUUCAUUUGGCGGGCUCAAGGCACACAACAAUGUGGCCUCACUAGGCCUUCCAGUUUGCACUGAGCAGUCUUUUGCAAAGAUUGUUAGCUCACUGAAGAAGCCAUCACAGGACAGGAGGGGUGGUGCUCUGACUUCCACUUGCAAUGCUGUGGCUGAGAUUUUCAGGAUUGCUGCCAUCAUGCCUGGCCUUGUUCUCGUUGGAGUCGCCGUUGGAUUCGUUCUUCUUCGGCUCGAAGCGACCUUGGAGGAAGAAUGAAGUAAUCUGAGACUCUGUUACUCUUCCCUUUGUUUGAUUCUCUCCUCAAAUGUAGAAUUGAUUUAUUUUUCUACAUAAAUAAAGUGGUAAGUUGAAUUCA